UUGACCCGCUGGAUCUUCCACCCAUGUAAGUGCAGCACCGCCACAGGUGCUAUCAGCCACACAGAGCGCCACUUUUGUCCCGCGAGCUAUCGAACGAUUGAGGGACGAUUUGUCGAAGAUUUGGAGCUCCAAGUCAUACUUUGACAAAGGGGUUGUGCUUAGCUCUUCGAAUCUAGGGGAUCAAUUGAUAUCAAAUACCAAUGCUGGCUCGAAAAUCUGUGCUGGGAAAGCCCGGCUUCGUCUGCCGGAGCUGUGUACGACAAUAUCAGUAUCAGCUGCGCCGGGCUUCCACUUCGACACAGGACAAUAUCUAUGAUGUUGUAUGUGUUGGUGGUGGGCCAGCAGGUCUGAGCUUACUGACAGCUCUUCGGGCUAAUCCUCUAACCGCUGGUCUCCGAGUCGCCCUCAUCGAAGCCCAGGACCUUUCCAAAACCAAGUCGUUCUCACUCCCCUUGACCCAAUUCUCCAACCGAUGCAGUUCUCUUACCCCUGCGUCGGCUCAAUACCUCGACAAAAUCGGCGCAUGGCGACAUCUACAGCGUGAACGUGUGCAGGACUACCAGGAGAUGCAGGUUUGGGAUGGAGUGACAGGUGCCCGCAUAGAGUUCGACUGGCCACCCAGUACGACUGGAGACAAGACAAUUGCCUACAUGGCUGAAAAUCUGAACUUGACAUCCGGCCUGCUCAAGAGAUUACAAGAACUCGGCGGAGUGGACGUCUUUGACAAUACGAAAGUGGAGAGUAUUGACCUGGGCAAGGAGACCGAAGAAUUGGAUCUGAGCGAAUGGCCAGUCGUGCAGCUCUCGAGUGGCCAGUCACUGGCAGCACGACUUCUUGUUGGCGCGGAUGGGGCAAACAGUCCAGUACGCACAUUCGCCGGUAUCAACAGCCGCGGAUGGGACUAUGGUAGACAUGGCGUUGUCGCAACGCUCGAGCUUGAAGGUGAGGGCUGGGGCGGCCAGUUCAACAAGAUUGCGUACCAGCGAUUCUUGCCUACGGGUCCAGUUGCAAUGCUCCCUAUGCCUGGCAAAUACGCUACGUUGGUCUGGUCUACUACACCUGAGAAGGCCGCCUUGCUCAAGAGUCUGAGCCCCAAGGACUUCAUCGCUAUGGUCAACGCCGCCUUCCGUUUGAGCCCCGUCGACAUUGGUUUCAUGCACACGCAGGACAAUAACCAGGCAGAGGAGCUAUCAUGGCGCUUACAGCACACACACGUUGAUGCGGACUCGCUUCCACAGACUGUUGUUGGAGUUCAGGAGGGGAGCAUCGCAUCUUUCCCUCUGAAGUUGCGCCAUGCCGAUACAUACACUGGCGAACGUGUCGCACUUGUCGGCGAUGCGGCGCACACUAUUCACCCCUUGGCUGGUCAAGGCUUGAAUCAGGGUCAGGGAGAUGCCCAGAGCCUAGCCAAAACCAUUGAGUAUGCUGUCUCUCAUGGCCAGGACCUUGGCACUCAGCUGUCUCUCGAGCCUUACAACAGCGAGCGCUAUGCCGCCAAUCACGUUAUUCUUAACGUUUGCGAUAAGCUUCAUAAACUCUACUCUGUCGAGAGUGGCCCUCUUGUGCCGCUUCGUUCAGUUGGUCUUCGGGCUGUCAAUGCUCUCGGCCCCCUGAAGAAUUUCUUUAUGGAGCAGGCUUCUGGCACUGGUACUAAGCUAUUGUAGACUUCUGGCCAGACAAACCCUCAAACUCUCAAAGCAUGUACUUUUGUCUGUAACAUUAGAACUGUACAUAAUCACACCCAAGAAUAAUGGAAAUAAGAUGAUUCAUUGCUAUUUCAGAACACGCAUCACCUCUACAUAGCUUCUCGCUCGAGCACACGACGUUUGUGGGAGUAUUUACCGUGGUCUCCCUAUCAGCUAUGAUUACAAACAAAAGAAACCCAUUCUAACCUUCUUUCUUUUCGAAAAUGCUUUACCUAUCGACCUCACCUACGAUUGUAUUAGCAUAAUUUCUCAGUAAACGAAAGGGAGCAAACUUACCGAACACCAGA